AUCUCUUUUUGCUAACCCUAAUCACUCUUACUUUCUAUCUUUGUUUUUGCCUCUCUUCGUUAUUGUUCUAUGUAAAAAAACACACACACACACACACUAAAUUUAGUAUUAGUUAAAUAACAUUUAUUCAAUUGAAAAUUGAUUUAAAAUUUUAAUAAAUUCUUAAUUAAUAUAAUAAAUAUUUGUGCUUUUAAUUUAUCACAUAAUAUCAUCCUUCUUAAAAAAACUAUAAUUCAUUUGAAUUAUUUACAUUUUAGGUAAAUUUUUCUUUCAUAUAACAUAAUCUAAUUUAUUAUUAAUUUGUUAAUGUAACUCUAUUUACAUGAGUUGAAGAUGAAUCAUUAAAGGCCGAGUCUUAAAAAUGAUAUGUUGACUUUGAUUAUUAUUGUUUAUUUUAAAAUCAAAUCAAAUAAUAAAAAUAUUUAAAUUUAAAUAUAUAAAUAGGAUAAAUCAAUUAAAUUCAAGUUUAUAUAUAUUUGAAACGGAUGGUAACUCGACUAAUAAACAAGUCUAUGUCGAAAACUGUAUAAUUUAGAUUCUUUUAAUAUAAAAAAUAGUAAAAAUAUUGAAAAGUAAAAGAAUUUGUAUCAUUCCCAUAUUUGUAAAUGAGUAUUUGUGAGACUGAAAUCAAAUUACUGCAAUUCUUAAACAUAUUAUUAUUACAUUUGCAUAAUGCAUCUGAUCAAACAUCCGAUCCUCUUUUAAAACUAGGAUUAAUAUAGGACAGGUAUGGCUAAAAUGAACCUUUAUUUUAUUUGAAAUUUUCUUUUGUUUAUGUCUUUAUUAUUCUUUUCCUUAAUCACGAAGAGAAAAUUUAAAAAAAAUGGAAAAAGGUGAUUGGAGGGAGCAGCAAGAAAUAGUUGUAUUGAAGCUCUAUAACUUUUGAAUAACAAUUUAUAACUUCAACCUAUUUUGAAUUAUUAAUUCAUAAUAAUAAUAAUUUAUUGAAAAAGAGAAUCAAUAUAAAAGAAAAGACUUGCUCUCUUAACUAAGUCUCAGAGGAAACCUCAAAGAAACAUCCACUUCAUUUAUGACGCGAUGUCGGUUGCGUCAUUCUUCCACCUAGGAACAUUCUGGAAAAAACAUUCCAAAAUUUCCAGAAUCCUUCAAACUAAUUAUUAUUAUUUUUUAUUAUGCUAUAAAUUACCUACAGAGGCUGAAGUGAUUCACUUGGCAUCCAAAAACCAGAAAAAAAAAAAUAAAAUCGUAGUUUCAACAAUGGCAGAAGCAGCAAACAACGUUGUCGAGACGAUCAACGGUGAUUGUCACGAUUUUAAGUCUCUUCUCUCUUCUUCGGACAGGGAUUUCCUCGUACGCAACAACGGUGAUCAGGUUAAAAUCGAUAGCUUGAAGGGGAAGAAACUUGGAUUGUAUAUCUCAGCAUCUUGGUGCGGUCCAUGCCGUAGAUUCACCCCAAAUUUAAUCGAGGUGUACACCGAGCUCUCAACGAAAGGCGAUUUCGAGGUCAUUUUUGUCUCGGCAGAUGAAGAUGAAGAGUCAUUCAAUGGUUACUUCUCCAAGAUGCCAUGGCUUGCAAUCCCUUUCUCUGAUUCAGAGGCACGCAAGCGCUUAGAUGAGCCGUUCAGUGUGAUGGGAAUACCUCACCUCGUGCUCUUGGAUGAAAAUGGUAAAGUCUUGACCGAAGAGGGGGUUGAGAUUAUUCGUGAGUAUGGAGAGGAAGGGUACCCUUUCACCCCCGAGAAGAUCCAAGAAUUAAAAGAUUUAGAAGAAAAGGCCAAGAAGGAACAGUCCAUCAAAACAAUCUUGGUUUCCCGAUCUCGUGACUUUGUAGUUACUUCUGAUGGAAGUAAGGUGCCGGUGUCCGAACUUGAGGGGAAGACUGUAGGUAUAUAUUUCUCAGCGUCUUCAUUCAAGCCAUCUGCUGAUUUUACUCAAAAACUUGCUGAAGUUUAUAGUAAGUUGAAAGAAAAUGGGGAGAAAUUCGAGGUUGUUAUGAUAUCGCUUGAUGAUGAUGAGGAAUCCUUCAGGCAAAGCUUUGGGGCACCAUGGUUGGCAUUGCCUUUGAAAGACAAGAGCUGUGAGAAAUUGGCUAGGUACUUCGAGCUCUCGACCCUUCCCACUGUUGUCAUUAUCGGGCCAGAUGGAAAAACUCUCCACCCUAAUGCUGCUGAUGCGAUUGAUGAACACGGGAUUGUGGCCUACCCCUUCACCCCCGAAAAAUUUGCGGAGCUUAAAGAAAUAGAGAAAGCAAGUGAGGCAGCACAAACUCUGGAAUCAGUUCUGGUUUCAGGGGGUUUAGAUUUUGUCCUAGGGAAGGAUGGGGCUAAGGUCAAGGUGGCCGACUUGGUGGGGAAGACCAUUCUCUUGUACUUCUCAGCCCAUUGGUGCCCACCAUGCCGUGCUUUCACUCCGAGCCUUGUUGAAGUAUAUAAGAAGAUCAAGGAAAAGGAUGAUGCAUUUGAAGUGAUAUUUAUUUCGAGUGACAGGGACCGAGCCUCCUUUGAUGAGUAUUAUUCAGGAAUGCCUUGGUUGGCUCUUCCGUUCAAUGAUGCUCGGAAAUCAUCAUUAAGUCGCAAAUUCAAGGUCCAAGGCAUCCCUAUGCUUAUAGCACUCGGACCAACUGGAAAAACUAUUACAAAAGAGGCAAGGAGUCUGGUCAUGGCUCAUGGGGCGGAUGCUUAUCCUUUCACUGAGGAGAGGUUGAAGGAGAUUGAGGCACAGAUUGAGGAGAUGGCAAAAGGGUGGCCGGAGAAACUGAAAGAUGAACGGCAUGAGGAGCAUGAGCUGGUGCUCACUCGUCGCAGUAAUUAUGUCUGUGAUGCAUGCAAGGAAAACGGACAAGUCUGGUCAUUUUACUGUGAAGAAUGUGACUUUGAUUUACAUCCCAAAUGUGCCCUGGAGAAAGAAACCAAAGCUGAUGCAAAAGAAGGUUGGGUCUGUGAUGGGGAGGUCUGCACUAGAGCUUCAUGAAUUAUGUCCAUGUAUACACCAACACACUAGUUGGCUGUCCUGUUGAUGCAGCGUGGAUCAUAUGUGUGCUAUGUAAUAAGAUCUUGAGAUGCAGUGUUGAAAGACUUUGUUAUCUAUAUUGGCCCAA